AUGUCGACCGAAGUAGUAGUUGGGAUCAUUGCUCUGCUCAUAGCCGCGUUGGAUACAGCCAUCGCCCUCUGGGAGUGUAUAAGCAACCAUGAACAGGUCGUUACUCAAGAAUCACACGCCAAUGGAAGUAGUGAUACGGAUGAUAUCAGACUCAGCGGUCAAGUUGUUCUCCCUGCCAUUUCCAACAUCGGCAGCGCAGAGAGGGAGGCCCUCACAUACCGCAAACCCUCUUAA